GUAGUCAUGCAAUUCUUUUGAGCCUCUCUGCUGGAGGAUCAAGCCGUGCAGCAGGUGCCUCUCAGGUUGGCACGCAUGCGUGCUAAGGUGAAAGACGAGAAUUCCUUUUACUUUUUCAGUUUGGUGCACGCCACCUUGCAGCAUGUCUGCCUGAAUAAUCGCCGCCGUGUGGAUUAUUUACGUGACUGCAAUUUCCUCCGCAGCGGACGAUUUCAACUAAAGGGCCAUGAGGUUGUUGGCCGGAGUGGCCGUCGUGGCCUGCUUGGUGGCCUCAGUGUCCUCUCAUGUGGCCCUUACCUACCCGCCGGCCCGAAAAUUCGACCUUGACUUUCUGGACAACUCGAGAACCAAAGGGCCAUGCGGAAUGCCAAAAGGUUUGACGCAGACUACGUUGAUGGCAGGUUCCACCUUCAACAUCACGUGGCACUUAGCCUAUCCCCACAGGGGAGGAUUCAAGCUGCAAGUGCUGGACGCUUUGCAGAGGCCCUCCAUGGAUCUGACCCCGGUGACAGCCGAAUCAGAUUUUGUCAAAACCGACGUCACCGCCCAAUCCUACAUGGUGCGGCUGCCCUCGGACAUGACGUGCACCAAUUGCACAAUCAGGCUGAUGCGACAGGCCAGCGAGUGGUCCGACGGCUACAGAUUUUGGUCCUGCUCAGACGUUGACAUCGUUCCAAAGACACAAUACAAAGAGGACUGCAGUGGUCACGGUAGGCACCUGCUUUCAAAGUGCAGGUGCGACCGCCUGUACUACGGCCCACGGUGCCAAUACCGCGAUGAGUGCGUUGACGACGCUGAUUGCGGUGAAAGAGGCAAAUGCGUCAAUGUCGAAGCCACCACAGCGCCCAAACAACAAUGCUACUGCGAGCUGGGUUGGUUUGGACCUGGCUGCAAACAGAGGUCAGCGGUCAAGAGCCCAGAAAUCAACCUUGCGAGCUACACAAAGAAGCAACUGACGCCCAACUUUGUGCUUUACUGGCGCAUCCUUCGAGAGGCAGGAGAAAUUGAGAUGGCUCUGCAGGUAAAUGGGUCAAGCUACGCGGCCAUUGGGUGGAGGCCUCGUUCGUUGACGGCUGAAUGCAAGAAUUUCCCUUACUUGGAAGACUUGCCAGGCACGGCUCCUGUUGCCGAAGGCAAAAGUGCCAAGGCGGAACCUGAGCCAGCAGCGUCAGAACCGGAGCCAAAAUCUGACGCCAAAUCAGAGCCAGAACCAAAAUCCGAGCCGUCUGCGGAGCCGGAACCGUCAGCAGAACCUGAACCUUCUGCCGAACCUGAGCCGAGCACUACUGAAGCACCAAAGACCACAUUCAGGUCAAUUUCGCUGCCUAGAACUUCCAACUUUAAGCCAAGGCCCAGACUGAACUUUACCUCCAGGAAGAGGGCCACACCUUUGGCCCAGAGUAACAGCGGUUCUGACGUGGAAACCAGUGUCCAAUUCCGCGUGAGCUCCAGACAGAGUAGCAGCAGCAGAACAAAACGACAGCUAGAAACUGGUGUAAGAUACAAAACUGGAGCAGUGUACACGAAGAAAGCAACAACCACUCCUCAGCCUGAGCCAACAACAGCAGCUGAGCCGGAGCCUAGCACAGUGAGCCUGAAGUCGCACGCGGAACCUGAACCCAGCUCUGAGCCGGAGUCCAGCUCAGAACCAGAGCCGGAGCCCAGCUCAGAACCAGAGCCGAAGCCCAGUUCUGAGCCGGAGCCCAGCUCAGAACCAGAGCCGGAGCCCAGCUCAGAACCAGAGCCGAAGCCCAGUUCUGAGCCGGAGCCCAGCUCAGAACCAGAGCCGAAGCCCAGUUCUGAGCCGGAGCCCAGCUCAGAACCAGAGCCGAAGCCCAGUUCUGAGCCCGAGCCCAGCUCAGAGCCAGAACCAGCUAAAAGUGAGCCUGAACCAAGUGGAGAACCCGCGCCAAAAUCGGAGCCAGAGCCAAGCUCUGAGCCUGAACCGUCUUCACCAGAACCAGCUACUGAACCUGAACCCAGCAGUCAUGGCAAGAAGCCGUCUGCGGAACCAGAACCGAAAACUGAACCAGAGCCGGCAUCUGAACCGGAACCUUCGUCUGAACCUGAGCCUUCGUCCGAACCAGAGCCAUCUUCAAAUCAUGGCCAUGCCACUGAAGGGCGCUCUCACAAAUCGUCAGGAUAUCCUGGCACUCACUUAUAUGUGCCAAAACAUGACUUCAAUGGUAUGGACUGCACGGAUAUUGUGAUCGGAAUGGCCAGAGGCAGUGCCAGCAGAAUUUGGGAUUACUACACCCGAGAUAGGUCCACUCCUCGCUUUGACACUUUCUGGGGAGGUAAAAAUGAUUUGACUGCUGCCAUGGGCUUUGAGAAAGACGGCGUCACAACCAUUGUAUUCAGGAAAAAACUUAUUGCAACCGAACUGACCGACCACUCCAUUCUUGAGGAGCCAAUGCACGUUAUUUGGGCUGUAGGACAAGAAACUGGACGCUACGUGCAUAACCCUAAAUCAGGUCUGGAGCAAGACCAAGCGAGCGUUGCAGAUUUCUACAAGCCAGACGAACUGAAAUACCACGGCCACGGGCAGCAACGAGGAAAGACAAUUAUCAACUUCUAUGAAGAGGAAGCUAAGUCUGUUGCUUCUGGUGAAUCUGAAUCGGCAGUCGCAACUGAAAAGCCUGGCAGCAUUCUUGACCAGUGCGGCGCCGGAUUCUGGCAAUUCCCGAGAUCGUGCAAUGAAGACGACUGUGAAUAUCGCGCCUCAUGGACGGUGAUCAAGGACACAGCUCAUUUCACUAUCAAAACCAAGCACACAGACUUGUGGACGGGCAUCGCCUUCUCCCACAAUGAGCGGAUGAGCCAAACUGACGCUAUCCUUGGGUGGGUGGACAGAGCUGGUCGCCCAUUUGUAAUGGACACUUGGAUCAGUGGUUAUCAGGCUCCUCAACUUGACGCCCAACAAGACGUGUCAAACGUGACUGGCAGAAUUCAGGAUGGAAUCACCACCCUGUCUUUCCAACGCCCCUUGGAUACUUCAGACCCCAAGGACGUGGCCCUGGGAGGCAAAGAGUGCCCUUACAUCAUGUUCCCCAUCAAAGGUGGCAAAUUCAACUCGGUGAACAAAAAGAUCUGGAAACACGACGAAGUGCCCGCCCUGACCGCCCACAAGGUUUGUCUCAGGGCCUGCGCUCCUGGAGUCACAACCACCACCCCUGCACCGCCCCCGACCAUCAGCUACAAGGCUGAGGUCAGGCUGGUCAACCUCGGAGACGGGUUCAAGGUGCCCAGUCCUGGCUCGCAGGACUUCAACUCGCUUGCAGACACAGUAGGUACUGCCCUGUCUGCAGGGUCUCUUGGCCAGAUUUCUGGAUUGAACAACGUUGUCGUGCGACAAUUCAAAAAGGACGAGGACAAGCAGAGCGUGAUUGCUGAAAUCGCAGUUGUUGUGGACAAGCUGAAGUACGAGCAAUCCAAGGGAAUGACUGUUGAGACUGCCCUGGAGGAAACGGUUGCUGCAGGAAGAGCAGGAAAUUUGAAACUCGACCCCAACUACCUCAUCAUGCAAGCGCCAAGAAUCACUAGCGUAGAUGACGCAGCAGAAGGCCGAGCUGAGGACACAAGGACCUGGUUGGCCAUGUCGGCCACGAAACUGUACAUUUUGGGCGGCUGCGUCCUGGCCCUGGUGCUGAUUGUCCUUCUGCAGGCCAUGUGCACCCUGGUGAAGCCCCGGCGAGGCAAGAAGGAGCAGCUGAUCACCUCGGCCUCGGCAUGGAACGCCACCAACACCAACUACGCCUUCGACGUUGCCGACUUCAAGCAGCAGCCACCCAUGCAGAUGCAGAAGGUGCCGGCGCCGAUGGACCCCAGGUACGGCGUGCCCAGAAGCACCUACUCCCUGCCGAGGACGGUCAUGGCCGACAGAAUGGUGGCCGCCGCCCCUGGCUACUACACACAUGAUCGACGAGCUCACAGGCACCCCAACGGCCUCCAGCCCGACUUCUACUUCAUGCCCUCGCAGAGGAAGUACUCGGGGGAGGUCGUCAGGGUGUAUGUCGACUACAAUAAGGCCCCUAAGUAGAUUUACAAAAAAUCCUGGUGCACUUUCUGCUGACUGUAGGUCAAGUGCUUUAGUUGAGGGACCUAAAUGUAUGUCUCGUGUUGCUCGGUGAAUUACAGGUAAUAAUUUUAGCUCUGGACAGUUAACUUUGUAAAUACAACAGACAUAAAUUGGGAAACAUUCAGUUUUUAUAAAUUACAGCAGGUCAUUUAAAAAAAAAAUAAUAAUGACAAUUAUUUGAAUUUCAUAUCCCUGAAAGGGCAGCAAGGAGCUAAACAAGUUUUUAAAACUUCAUCAUGAAAUUAAAAAUUAUAUCUCAGGGUUUGGCAAUACAGAACUUUGACCUGUUCGCAAGACGAGUUAAAAAUUGAAUUUUAAUCCCAAUUUUCAAGUUUGAGAUUUAUGUAUCAAUAUUUCAGCCAGUAAAUUAUUAUUGUUUUACUUCUUCUUGUUGAUAAUAUUUCAAAGACAGGGAUCACAACAUGACACAGUCAACUUUUGUAAUAUUCUUGUUAUUCCUCGGCAACAUGGCAUAAUUAUUAUUAUUAUUCACGACUUAUGUAAUUUAAUCAUGUAACUCAGUGAUUUUACCCCUCUCUGAAAUUGUGCCAUACACUUAAAGGCCAAACGCAGGUUAUGAGCACUCAUUGAAACACCACCACGAAGCAAACAGUUGUGAACAAAAUAUUUUCGGAAUUCAAGAAGCUCAACUCGAUGGGGUACGUAGACGCGUCAUCAGUUAGGACGAAGCUCAAUAGAAUGUGAGAGUAAUUGACUCUAAUCAUGGCGAGGAACGAGUGUACAAUUAUAUGUUUAAUGUUAGAAUCUACAACUUAAAUACUCCCUUAAUAACCUCAUUAUAGUGAUUUGUGUUACUCAUAAAAAAUUCAUCGGAAUAAAUAAAAUAAAAAUGUACCGAAAAUGCAGAUUAUUUUUCAGUAGAAUGUGCGUAUGUGAUAAUAUCAUCUUAUUAUUUACUGUAAGUGCUCCAAAUUGUGCAAAAGUAUGGUGGAUUUUGUUUCUGUGAAUAAAAAUAAUUUUUUAACUAGUUC